AUGGAUCACAAUCGACCCAUGCACAUCGACACGAAUAUAACCACACUGAAUGAGGUGUCAUCUCUGCUUCGCGAUUCACCAGAAAUUCGACCAUACCAAGCAUACUGCGACACAGAGACUUCAUCAUGUCCGUCAAGUCCAGAGAAUCUUUCCCCAAGUCCGUUGCAAGUGAUGAAGGUCCACCUAAAGCAGGCCGACAUGAGUACUCAAGCCUCAGCUAUCGACGCCUCUGAGCAAGAAAUCUCCCUCACUCGAGUUGCGACAUCCAGUACCGAGAAGCAAGUCGACUUUCCGAGAUCAUUUCCCGCGGGAAACCAAACUAGGAAACGCGAUCAAGGGAUGAACCAAAGCGGCUUCUUUGCAAGUGUUUCGUCAGCAACUUCGGGUCACAUUCCACAACCUAUCAACCCACGCGGCAGUCACUUACAAAGUGACGAUGAGGUGACAGCGUACGACUCUGACCCGGCAAUUACACGGGUGCAACUAUCGACACAAAUUGAUCGUGUGACGGAACUUACUAAACCACGUAAGCCAGUUCCUGAGAAUGGGGUAGAAUUUGGGACAAUCUAUCGUCCUUUGCCUCAGGUACCGUUGGGAAAAGUCAAGGUCGAAAUUCAGGACCAACCAGAAUCGACAUACGAAAAUGGGUGUGUACAAUGUCCGUCACAAACAAUGGGCCCAGCAAACAAAAGGCUGGAGGAAAGCGACGGCGAAACAUCUCUAAGAGGCCGCCGAGGUGGGAAAAGGAAAAAUAUAGAAGACGAGACCACCGCUGAUAGCCUGGAUCGAUUUGAAGAAAUAGAUUUCGGAUCCCCAAACGCCCAGCCACCUCGAAGGCCAGAACCCGCUUUCCAGACAUGCUUCAAUCAACAUAGCGAUGAACUCUUCCUCCAAGUUCCUACGUAUACGCGACCGCACCCCGCAUCCUCACUCCAUUCCUCAACGGAUCUACAAAAUGGUCCGCGUCCACCCCCUUGGGGCACCUACGACAACCUCGCCCUGCAGCGCCGCCAACGCAACGAAUUGAGAGGACGAAUGCAGGGCGUCCCGAGAGACGUGGCGCGGGAACCUGCACUGACGUAUCAACAGACGCUGUCUGUUGAGCUGAGGGGUGAGGGGCUGUCGAGGGAGGUGAAUGAAUAUCGAGAGCAGAUACUCAGUGUAUAUCCUGACAUGGUGUUUGAUGGGCACGCUGGGGAUGUUGAGCGGAAGUGUGGGUGUUGUUCGAUUAUGUGA